UUACUGGUGAAAGGUGAAAGAAAUAAAAUAAAAUGUGUACUCAGAUUAGUCAUUCCUGGUGUAGGACAAGGCGGCCAAUUCGGCUCGCCCUUCAGAACUCUUUCUCUUGGAAAGGCGGGAAGCGAGCCUUCCUAGAUUCGAAGCUCGCCACCCAAAAACUCCGCCGGAGGACGCUUUGGGCUCUCGAAGCCAGGCGAAGGCCCCCCCCAAAGCGGCCAGAGCCGCGGGCGCCGGCGGGAGGAAGCGUACAGGCGACCGCCGGCCUGGUUCUCCUUCCUCUCCACCAGAUGCCUUUUUCCAACAGUUUCUCGGGCGGCGGGAGGGCCACGCCCCGGGGAAGAAGGCAGAGCCCGGCGCUGCCCGAGGAGGCUCGCUCGGCGAAGGAGAGCGUCCCUUCCCGAGCCUGAGCCAGGCAUGGAACAACUUUGACGGGGCUUCCCGCGACGCGCCGGGACAAUGGGACGGGACAGGGUCCCGGGGGCAGAUCAGAAGAAAUGGACAGUUAUACUUUUUGGUGGGAUGCUAUUAGCAUCCAAAUUUACAUUUGUAGCAACGGAAAAGACCUGCAACUGCAGCACUGAUAUCAAUUUCCAAAAAUUAAGGACUAAAUUAGCUCCUGAGAUAUGUUGUUUGAAUUUCACAAGGACUAAAAUUGAUACUUUGGAUUGGAGCAUCUUUGCUGGAACUGUAGGGUUGAAAGAGCUGCAUCUAUCAAACUGUGAUAUAUCACAUAUUAAGAACGUAAGUGUUGAUUCUUUUAGCCUGGAAAUUCUAUACUUGGACCAUAACAAAUUAAAUUGGCUUCCAGAUAAUUUCCUGAGACAUGCACCCAGCCUGCGUGUUAUUCACUUGGAGAACAAUCAACUCCAGAAUUUAUCUGAGUCAUUUCUGGAAACAUCUAACCACAUUCGGGAGAUCUACCUUGAUUUCAAUAACUUAUCUUCCCUUCCUUCUGGGAUUUUCAAACCUUCCCUUCUCACACUUGGUCUGUCUCACAACUGUUGGGACUGCACUUGCAACUUUCUUGAACAUCUAGGAAAAUAUAUCCUUAGUUCAUUUGACAUUGUUUGUCACACCCCAGAACAUUACUAUGGCAUAAAUAUAAAAAACAUUUCCAAGGCAGAAUUGUGCCAGACUCAUAGACUCACAGCUCUGUUUAUUUGCUUACCUCUGGUUGCUGUUCUUGCCUUGGUCACCUGCUACUUUUGCAAGCACAAAAAGAAGACAAAGAGAAAGACAAGCUAUGCUCUUCAUGAUAGAAAGGAAUGCCAGUUGGCUACGGUGGAGAAGAAUGGAACCAAUAGAUCAGAUGAUCAUCAGUGCUCUAUUCCACCUAUUAAGGCUGUUCAUGGCACUGCGGGGAGUGAAAACAACUCGUUGAGAAAUCAAAUUUUGCUUAAACCUUCAACUGCAUUAUUGGAGAGCAGCAGAGACCUUUAUGAGGAAGUGGAGAUUAAACUGGGGGCUUCUGAUGAUUCCUUGACAUGUAGAAAUCUUGACCAAGAAAAACUGGGAACAGCAAAACCAGUCAUUGAAGAGGAAGAGACAAUUGAUGGGGAAUCCGAAGCAGAAACAUUGAGUGUAACGGAUGUUCUGAGAGAUUCAGCAGACCGUGAGAGACUCUACAUGAACAAAUCAGUAGAUUAUUACAACCUUGUCCCCGGGAUUGAGUUGGAAGACUCAGACCACAUGGAGAAUGAGAAUGUUAAUCUUUGCUGAGGCUGCUUGUCAGAAGAAUAGGAUUUUAUUGUACAUUAAAUUGAACUAUUGAUGUGGAGGAUCAACUAACUUGUAUAUAAAAAUGAGACCAUAUCAUGUUUUUUUCUAUUUUGCAGAACUGGACAGUUUUGAAAGGAACAUCCACUGUAAUUAAGCAUAGGAAAAAAGCAAUUUUAGAGCAGUUUGAAAACUGGGACUAAGUGCACUAUCUAACUGAAGUUCCUUCCCAGCCCAGUUAUACUAUGCCUUUUAACUACCUACUUCAUGGUUUUCAAAGUUAAUACUUCUCAUAAUUAAACAUUUCUUGAGAGGAAAGCCUUAAAAUAAAAACUUUUUUCAAAACCUGAGGCUUGCCAACCCCAUAUGAAUAAGAAAGGGGAGGUUAUCUGGCACAAAAUGCUUUCAUUCCCUUUAAAAAACAACUUUCCAUUUCUUAAUUCACAGCUCUCUCAUAUUUCUAUAUUAGUAUACCAAGAGCCACGGUGGCACAGUGGUUAGAAUGCAGUACUGCAGGCUACUUCUGCUGACUUCCGGCUGCCUGCAAUUUGGCUGUUCAAAUCUCACCACCAGGCUCAAGGUUGACUCAGCCUUCCAUCCUUCUGAGGUCGGUAAAAUGAGGACUUAGAUUGUUGGGGGCAAUAUGCUGACUCUGCAAACUGCUUAGAGCGGGCUGUAAAGCACAGUCAAGAUGUAUAUAAGUUAUUAUAUACUAUAUAUAUACUAUUUAUAUAAUAUAUUAUUUAUAUUAUAUAAAAUUCUGCAUUAUUUUCUACAUGGCUUUUCCUUCAUGGUUUUUUCCCAAGUCCACCUCCUGAAUUCUGACAUUCUGUAUCCUAGCCUUUGUUUUUGCAUAUGAGCUAGUCUUUCCAAUCAACCCUCCUAUAUGUUCAGUUACAUCAGUCUUGGAUUGUCUCCAAUUUUUUAAUCACUCCUAUUUCAUAUUCCUGUCAGGGGAAACACUGCCUCCUAGUGGAAAGGAUUGCAUAAACCCAUUCUCUUAAAGGAUUCUUUUGACUAUUAAAAUAUUUCAAACACUUAGCAUAUCCUAAUUUAAUUAACACAUUUUCUAACCUAUCCAAUAAUAACAGUAAUUUGCUUUCAUUUGUUUUGCUUUCACAGUGUCUGAGCACAUAUAGCUUGUCCUUGUGUAAAUUUCUGAAACAGUUUUCUUUUGGGCAUCUUUCAUGAACGAUCCGUCAGUUGAGUAUUGGAGAGAUUUUCAUAAGUUAAGUGAAGGCUAAUGGAACAAAAAUAGGUUGUUGGUACAAAUCACAUGUAAAAUACCAUAUAUGUAUUUUCACACCCUAUAGGUGUGAAAACUUCAUUUUUCUGGCAGUUGGAAUAUUUGUGACAUUAUACCAUCUGAAUCAUUUAGUAUUAUGUACUUCACUGCUAUUAGCACACUAAAAUGUAAGAUUUUUAUCACAGUUAAUUAUGCUUCAAAACUACAUUAUACAGGAGUAACAUUUAUACAAGCGCUGGUGCUUAUUACUAUAUUUUCAAAGCUAAACAAAUGUUAAGAACUGGUUCAAUCAAGUCAUUUACAGUUCAAAUUUAGGGAAAGUAAGAGGAAUGCUAUUUUUAUAAUUUUCUGAAUGCUUUCAAUAUUCACAAAAUUGGGCACACACUCUCACACAAGUAUCUUAGACUAAUGGACCAAAAAAUGAAGAAAACCUGAUUUUUUUAAAAAUCUAAACUCUAAGAAAUAAUUUGAUACUGACAUUAAUUACUAUGAAGAUGAGGUAUGUAUAUGUGUGUGGGGUACGUAGAAUUGUAUGUGUGUAUACCUUUUGUACAAAAAUGUUUUAUCUAUGUUAUUGUAACUUGUUUCAAAAAAGAAUAAAAUGAUAUUGCUAAAAAGGAAAAGCUAAUUUAAUACCAGAUUAAAUAUAUUAUUGUGGAAUAAAUGUUUUAGAAACUAAAGAAACUACAAUAGUACUUGUUUUUUCCUAUUAAAUGCUGUAGGAUUUUUUAAAAAUACCUGGUUUAUAAAAAAAUCUUUGGUAAAUUGAUGACCUCAAAGCAUGAACAUUUUAAUGAGUGACUCUUGCCUUGUUAUUUAAACCAUUUAAGCCACACAGUCUACAGCCUCAUAUUUAUCACCCUGUGGAAUCUCAUACAUAUUCCUUGAUCAGUUAGUCCUGUUUUUAUUAUCCCCCCAGAAUGUGGAAAUAUAAAACUGGACAUUUGUCCCUGUUAGCUCAGGAUUGGGUUGGAGAUAGAGUGCAGCAAUAGAAAAGUUCAAAUGCCAAGUCAGGAAAGGAUGAUAUACUAACAUGUACACUCCUGUGCUGAUGUUCCUUUUAUUCCCUUAUGCUAAAUCAGCUGUAACUAAUUGCAUGCAAAAGGCAUUGGCCAUCUUACCAUUGUUAAGAAGAAAGAGAUUCCAUAUUCACCUCAGAAGUACAUCUAUAUGUUACAAUUUCAUUUCUUUCCUUAUUUAAAUCAGACGUUUUCUUAGUGGACCAGCAGGCAGCAUUACUACUCUGUAAAAUGAACAGAUUUUUAUUCUUAUUUUUUUUAACAUAGAGAAUAGGGAAUAGCUUCAUACUUAAAGGUGCAAGCAAGGCAGGAUAUUUAAAGCUGUUCAUACUGUUCAUAUGUACUAGUUUACAAAUCUCCAGUGCACAAAUAAUUGGUUUGGAAAACUAGCCUCAUUUUUGCAGUGUUCCAUUGAACUCAACUCCCUCCGCAUUCCUAUUUAGCAUAUACUGUACAUGAAAACUUUGGGCAAGAUCAUCUGUCAGCAUGGGGUCAAAAAUCAAUAUCCUUACGAUACUCCAUUAAACAUCUCUGCCCUGGGCUUAUUAAUCCUGAAUGAGAUGACAGACUACCAGGCAGAGUUGGUGUGCAAUUUGAGGAUACUUCUGCAUUUUUCAGGUCCUGCUUGAGAAACAGAUGGCAGCCAUGGCCAGGACAAACUUUGCACAAUUGCAUCUUGUAUGCCAGUUGUGCCUGUUCCUAGAUUGGGAAGCGCUACUCACGGUCACUCAUGCCUUUGUCACCUCUGAUUUGGAUUACUGCAAUUGGCUUUACAUGAGAUUGUCCCUGA